AGCUGCCCGCCGCCCGUUGCCGCUCUGUUCUCCACCUUCAUCACCUCCUCUGCUCCAUCACCUCCUCUGCUCCAUGAUGACCGGGCGGGAGGAGCUCAGCGAGGAGAAGCCGCGGGUGAAGCUGCUGUCCCCGGGUUUCGGCAUCGACAAGAGCCGGCUGCACGGCCCCGGGCUCCGCUCCAAAGGCUUCGCCAUCACCGACCUGCUGGGCCUGGAGACAGACCUGCAGGCCCGGCAGCAGCCCGGCGGGGCUCCUUUCGCCUCGGGGCCCGGGACGGAGCAGCACGGGGCCGGUCCCGGCCUCGGCGGGUUCUCCUUCCCGGGGGGGUCGCUGCCCCUUGGCCUAGGCUUCCUGUGCAGCCUGGCGGCGCAGCAGCCCGCCGGGGCGCCGUGCUUCCUGCCUGGACACCUGCCGCUGCUGCAGGCCCGGCCCGACAGCCACUACCUGCAGAACCUGGAGGCCCAGCGGGAGGCCUAUUCCGAUGAAGAGUGUCUGUCGGACCGUAACGACCCCAAAACCUCCGGAAACUCUCAGAAGAGGAAGAAGAGGAGACACCGGACGGUGUUCACCUCCCACCAGCUGGAGGAGCUGGAGAAGGCCUUCCAGGAGGCUCAUUACCCCGACGUGUACGCCCGGGAGAUGCUGGCCAUGAAGACGGAGCUGCCCGAGGACAGGAUACAGGUGUGGUUUCAGAACCGGCGGGCCAAGUGGCGUAAGCGUGAGAAGUGCUGGGGUCGCAGCAGCGUCAUGGCGGAGUACGGUCUGUACGGCGCCAUGGUGCGACACUCCAUCCCGCUGCCCGAGUCCAUCCUCAACUCUGCCAAGAACGGCAUGAUGGGAUCGUGCGCCCCCUGGCUGCUCGGUGAGCCGCAUGCACGGAUGCACAAGAAGUCUUUGGAAAUGUCCAAAAAGUGUUCCAGCCCUCCGGCGUCCGACUCGGCGCGCUCCGAUUCGUUCUGCGAUGCCUCGGAACGACGAGGUUCCAGCAAGGCCCAGGAGCCGGAGGAGGACAAGCUGAUGGAGGAGGAAGAGGACGAGGUGGAGGAGGAGGUGGCCAUUGACCUGUCCAGCUCAUCUAAACAGCAGCAGCAAGAGGAGGGCGGAGCCUCGAUAAGAACCGCCUCUUCACCACAGCAACAAAGCUGCAGCGAAUCAGACGAACACAGCUGAAGAUGAUCUGACCAAAGAGGAGGAAGGUGUUCUGUUCAGGCAGCGCUGUGAUGGGAUUGGCUCUUUCAGGAAGCACAGCCAAUUGAAACAAACGCAGCCAAAACUUUACUUGUUACUAUGCAAAGUUAGUUUGUUCAAACGCUAGCUGCUGGUUUGCUAACAAAGCUAAGAGCUAAUAUAAAUAUUGUUUUGGUGUGCUACUACCUGUUAAAAUAUCAGCAGGAUUGAUCAUGUAAGCAUUUUGUAGCUGACUUUAUUUUCUCAGUGUUAGCGACAAAAAAAGUUCUGAUUUUAGAUGAAAAACAAUGAUAUUAAAAGUUUCAGUUGUCAACAAGUGUUAACAGUGAAACAAAUAAUGGGAAAAUAUGAGUCAUGAUAACAUAUUUUGAUAGAAAAUGCUAUUACUUAAAGCUAUUUUUAGCUAACAUGCUAAUAUAUGUAAACCCUGUGUUAUACUAUAAGGAUCAGCUAGCAAACUUUAGCACUUCAAAAAAGCUUUAAUCACUACUAUUAACUUUUUGUAUUAGUAUUUGAACAUUUCAGAUUUACCAUGCUAGUGGCAUGCUACGGUGGUAAUUUCUGCACUGUGCGACAAAGUGUUGUUAGUGUGCUAAAAUAGCCUGAUACUAACAGAGCACUAGCAUUAAGCAUGCUAAUCAUUAAGUAUGCUAACUUAUGUUCUGAAACAACAAAAUAGUGAUUGGCUGUGCUCGCCGUGCUCCUGGGAAACUAAUGUUCAUCGUUAAGAUGAACACCAAUGCUGUGACGUUCAGAUCAGCCUCGAGGGGUUGGAGUCUUUUCUAAAAGACUGUGAAAGACGUGUGUGUGUGUGUGUGUGUGUGUGUUUAUGUUUUAUAUCCAUGGUUUUUGGGAGUCUGAGAAUAUCUAAUGUUUUCUUCCUGUUGGUUUUUGUGUUUUAUAGUUGGACCUGCUUGACUGAAACUCUGUGAAUGUAAUUUAAAUGUAAGAUUUCAAACAUUUUAUCAUUAUUAUUAUUAUUAUUAUUAGUAUAUGCUUAUACAGGUGGAGAUUCAGCAGGGUGUAAAAUAAAGAAGUAUUUUUGGAAUCA